AUGGAGGGUGAGAAAAGUUUUGUGACUCUAGUUCAUUGCUCUGGGAAAAUUCAAAAGAGCAAAAGGCAUGGUGUGAAAUUUACCGAUAGAGAACUGCUCAGUAUUUUUAUCCGGUCGUCGAGUACGUUGGCAGAGAUUAAGCUCAGCAUAUUACGGAAGCUCGAUGUGUGUGGUUCGAAGUGGGUAAAAAAGUUGUUUCACAAGAUUCCCAUCGCCGUUGUGUCAACUGGUGUGAGAUAUGAGACCUUUGUAAUAGGGUCCGAUGAAGACUUGCAGGUGUUGUUUCACUGUAGGCGGAGUUUUUCGGAGGUCAGAAUACCCGAGCUGCUUGCGAAGUUGGAAGAUGGUGUCGACAGCUCCGGGCCAUUGGCGCCGAAUCCUCAAUCGACGACGGUGGAUGGUACCUCAACAUCGAUGCCUGUGGUAGCAGCUGCAGUUCUAGUUCCUGAUUCUCAACAUGUUGCGGCUGUUCAUGCCGGUGACGAUGAUUCGGAUGACGAGCCGGUUGUUAUUGGUGGGGAUAGUGAUGAUAUUCCGAGCGGUACACCUACACCACAUGGAGGUUCUGGUUCUAGAACACAACAGUAUCCUCCGUACCUAUCAUCAUUGAACUUGGAAGCCGUCGGUCAACACCAGAAUGUAGAGCCAACCUUCGCUGGCCAGGGUAUCCAUGAUGGGAAUGCUUUGACGGAAUUUCAGGUUGGCCAGUCGUUCAAGAGUAAGGAGGAAGCUGUGCUUAGUGUAAAAGAUUACAGCAUUCGGCGUGGAGUUGAGUACAGAGUUAUAGAGUCUGACAAUCUGAAAUACCAAGGCAGAUGCAAGGAGUUUGGUAACGGGUGCACGUGGUUGAUUCGUAUCACGUUGCGAAAAUGGAAGAGCACCUGGGAAGUUAGGAGGUACAACGGACCACACACGUGUAUGACCACAUCGAUAUCAAGCGACCACAAAUAG